CACAGCAUAGAGUAAUGUUCCUAAACUAAAACACGGGAAGUUUCACCUUAACGUGAAGAAUUUCUUUACACUAAGGGUGGCAGAGCACUAGAAGAGCUGCCUGGGCAGGUUGUGGAGUCUCCCUCUCUGGAGACACUCAAAACCCACCUGGACGUGUUCCUGUGUCACCUGCUUUAGGUGACGCUGCCUUGGCAGAGAGGUUGGACUGGAUCAUCUCCAGAGGUGCAUUCCGCACAUAACAAUUCUGUGAUUCUGUGUGAGGUAUCUAAGCGUGCAAGGGAAGCGGGCAUGUUCCCCACGCCCGUGGAGCAGCUGGCUGCUCAAAGCGGCCGGGGAGCGGGGAACUGGCGCUCCCACCGCCCGGCACCUCCGGGACAGGCUCCAGACACCCAGGCGGACGGGGCCCCGCUCCCUCCGCCCGUGGAGCGCCGGCCCGGGGCCGCCCCGCCCCUUGCGCGGCGCGCGGAGGAGAGGCGCGGCGGCAGCGCGGCCGCCGGGCAGGGCCGGAGCGGCGGCCGGGCGGGCGCGAUGGGCGCGCUGCUGUGGUGGGACCCGCUGCGGGCCGGCAGCUCGGAGGUCGACUGGUGUGAGGACAACUACACCAUCGUGCCUGCCAUCGCCGAAUUCUACAACACGAUGCCGAAGGAAAUCUUCUGGACUACUGAUAUAAGCAACAUCUUGUUCUUCAUUUUACCACCCAUAUGUAUGUGCUUGUUCCGUCAAUAUGCAAUCUGCUUCAACAGUGGAAUAUAUUUAAUAUGGAUUCUGCUAGUCGUGGUUGGAAUUGGAUCUGUUUAUUUUCAUGCUACCCUCAGUUUCUUGGGCCAAAUGCUGGAUGAGCUGGCAAUUCUCUGGGUUCUGAUGUGUGCUCUUGCCAUGUGGUUCCCUAGGAGAUACCUGCCCCGAGUUUUUCGAAAUGACAGGAGCCGAUUUAAAGCUGCUGUGGGUGUCCUGUCUGGAGUUACCACCUGUCUGGCCUUCAUUAAGCCUGCCAUUAACAACAUCUCACUAAUGACGCUGGGAGUUCCCUGCACAGCUUUGCUUAUUGCUGAGUUGAAGAGGUGUGAAAACCUGCGUGUAUACAAACUGGGUCUCUUUUCAGGUCUUUGGUGGAUGCUAGCUCUUUUCUGCUGGAUCAGUGACAAAGCGUUUUGUGAGAUCUGGUCCUCAUUUAACUUUCCCUACUUGCACUGUGUAUGGCAUGGAUGUCUCAGGACAAUCAUCAUUCUCAACUUCUAAGCUAUCUGCAAAUUUCUUUUGUUUUCGAUCUAAAAUUUUAAGGCUCUAGUAAGGUUAAAGAUGAAUGAAAAACCACUCUCCUGAGCUGACACCUUCAGCAUUGGCAUGAUGCCUCACAGAAACCACCUUAAUUCAAUGGGGAGGAUGACUUCCUGGGGCUACUAUGGGAGAAAUAUUAAGUAAUAAUGUUUGUAACUUGUGAAGAUGGAAAUUUUGAUUGAUUAUGAGAAAAUGUUAGUAUUAUUGACUUUCUUUUACUGUAAUUUAUUGAAGAUCAUUCUUUUAUUUAAAUACAUCAUUCACCCAAGGACAGACUGAAAAAAAAAACCAACCAAAAAGCCUAGCUGGCAAGGACAAUAGACUCUGCAGCCUGGAGAUUAAACAAGGUGUCAAAGUAAAGAAUGGCAUUCAAAACAUCUUGUGAUCAAAUGUAUCAGUAAGGAAAUGUAUGGGAACUUGAUCCUGAAUGGAACAACAGGGCUCCAGACAUACACAGCUCCAGGUAGUUUGGAUUCACAUUGAGCUGUAGAUGAAAAAUCCUUGUCUAAAAAAAUUUUAAGCUCACUGAAAGACAGGCAAUUUCCUUACUCUGUGUAUAUAUAGAAGGUAGCACUGGGACAUGGCAAGAGGCAAGCAGCACAGCUUGAACACCAGUAAUGAUGAACACCACUGCAGAUCAUCACUGAACCUGGAGACGGUAGUUAAAAUACUAUUUUCAGAUUAACAGCAAACCCAAGACCAUUAAGACAAAGGAUACUGAGCAAAUUUAUACACUCUUCAUUCUUUUUAUUAGUAUUUAUUGUUGUUAUUGUUAUUCACACUUAGACGACUGAGUUACAUUAAGUGAUUUAUAUGAAGAACUCUGUAUUAAUAUGAUAAGGUGAGAAAGUGUACACGCCACAGUGAAACAUUCUGUAGAUAUUGAAGUAGGACCUUGAUAGAAGGGAUUAUUUCCAAGAGCCUAUGUACAAAUAAAGGUAACUUUCAUACUAUAUACAAACUUAUAUUCACAGAGAAUACACUGAUUCAGAGAUACAUGAAUAUCAUCUAGUGAAUAAUGAUCCAUACACUUAAACACAUGAAAAAAAUUGGAAUUUUCAGGGGGUUGCCUGGACUUGCAAAAUAAAAAAUACAUGGAAAUGUAUUUUUACUUUUGAAGUUUGAAAUGAGUAAAGAUGGGUGACUUCAGAUUUUUCUUACAAUAGGCUGAAAAUGAUGGAUGAUAAGAGUAUGAAAACUACAAAGUGAAACAAACAUGCUAGAAACACUUUAUUAGAAAAAUAGCCUCUGAUUGUCAGUGAUAACACACUACUAUUUUCACAACACAAUACCAUGUCCUGAUCUUGCCAUCUUAAGUGACAGAAAUAAUUUUAAUUCAUGUAAGUCAACUCCCCAGAGUCAGGAUUGCAAAAUUAAAACUGCAACAGAGAUCUUGAUAAUGGAAAUGAACACAAAACCAAGUGAAAUUCUUUGGCAGUACUUAAUUUUUAUGAGGGAUUAAAAUAAAUUAUUGAUUUCUAUUGGAUAACCUGACCCUGUUAAAGUCUGAAAACUUUUUGAAAAAGUGACAGAAGCAAGUAAUCUCUUACAAACUUACUAAAACAUAAGGAGCUUCCUUUACUGUGAUCUCAGUGGGAGAAAACAUCAAAGUAGCGGAAUGAUUUAAUUGCUUUAUUGGGCCUGACUCUGCAAGCAUUUUAUUCCUUCUCCUGGGGUGAACAAGGGUAGCAGGAUUGAGUCCCUACUGCAAAGGUAGUGGGCAGCAUUUUGUACAGCCCCACAGGAAAACUCAAGAGUAUGAGGAGCAAACUCCCCCGACUUACUUACAGCAUCACUAAGGCGAAACCAGAUCCUGCUUUACUGUACAUUUAUUUGUCAGUGUUUGACAUUUUGCCUUAAACAGAGACAUGGAAUUGAUUCUUUACUUUAAAAUUAUUGAUCCCCUUACUUAGAAACCCCAUACUAGUCUUCUGGGUUCUUUAUGGCUUCUUUUUUCAUUAAGACAACUAUGUGACAUAAAAUAAAAAUAAAAUAGUAAAGUGCACGAUCUUUAAAAAUGUGUACAAAUUUCAUUGUUGGGAUUGUUUUUUUGUUUCAUGAGUGGAGAAUUUACAAUAAAUCUACAUGAAUGUACAGUUCAUUUGCCAGUGUUGAAUUACUCAUUCUUGUCCUGGGCUGUUUCACUUAUGGCUCAUGUAGGAAUGGUAUGGCCAAUUAUGUGGCUGGUCUACCCACACUCCAAGGGAUUACAUGGCUUCUAGGCUGGGACUGACCUGUGUCUGGCUGGCUGGAGCAUGGGCUCAGUGCCAUGCUAAUGCGACAACAUGACUUCUGGAGAAGACGCAGCUUGCAUCUGUACAGGCAGGAGCACAGGCAGGGGAAGGCUCAAACUACCUGCACCCAUCCAGGAAGACAAGUCCUGGCAUGCUGCACACUGACGCCCAGCAAUGCACUGCAGACAGACCUACAGGACGGCCUGUCUGACCUACAGGGCUGUGAGCCAUAUGUGACUGCUGCAUUUGAUGGGUGCACUGAACUGCAAAACUUCAGUUUGGCGGUGACUCUCCCCAGUUCAAAUGGAAAUGACGGAUAUCUCAAUACCAAUAUUCCUGUAACUGAUGGCAACAGAUCUAAGAAGGAUACUUUUAACAUCAACCAGGAAUGAAACCCAUGGCUUUUGGAGGACUGGAGCAGGAUUCUUCUCCACACUGUUGAGUGCAAACUAUCCCAUUUGAUAAUCUCAAAUUCACUUUCUGCAAGUAUUUUUCUUCAAUUUAACUUUCCAGGAAUAGCAGAAAAAAAAAAAA